AUGUCACCAAGAAACCAGUCAAGGGUCACAGAGUUCAUUCUUCUAGGAUUUGGAACUCAUGGAAUUUAUGGAGUCAGCAUUGUCCUUUUCAUCAUAUUUCUAAAUAUUUUUGUGUUUACAAUAGCUGGAAAUGUUCUUAUAAUUCUAUUGGUUUUGCGCAGUAAUCACCUUCAGUCCCCCAUGUACUUUUUCCUGAGUCAACUUUCUUUCGCUGACAUUUUACUCUCAACAACUACUGUUCCCAACAUGCUUGGCGCCAUCUUACUGGGUGGAAAAAUAAUAACUUUACUUGGAUGUUUAACCCAAUUUUAUAUCUUCAGUGGCACAACUAUUACAGAAUGUUUUCUGCUUUCUUUGAUGUCCUAUGAUCGAUAUCUCGCUAUAUGCAACCCCUUGCGCUACACUUCAAUCAUGGACUCCAACAGCCAAGUUUACCUUUCCACCGUUCCAUGGCUGUUAGGAUUUAUGCUCAACCUACUAGGUGUCAUACCUGUAUCUAACUUUCAGUUCUGUGACGGUAACAUCAUCGAUCAUUUCUAUUGUGACCUUUCUCCUCUCCAAAAACUUUCAUGCUCUGACACUUUUCUUGCAGAAUUUAUAAUCUUUGUGUUUUCCAUCCCUAUAUUUAUUUGUCCGUGUGGUUUCAUCAUCGUGACUUAUGUCUAUAUCUGUGUUACAAUAGUCAGGAUCCCUUCCACGACUGGUAGACAGAAAACCUUCUCCACCUGCAGUUCCCAUCUACUUGUCGUGGGCACUUUCUAUGGGACAUUAAUAACUAAAUACAUUAUGCCAUCUACAGGUUAUUCUUUGCUUGUGAAUAAGAUUAUUUCUCUACUUCAUACUGUGUUUACCCCCUUACUUAACCCUAUAAUAUACAGCUUAAGAAAUCAGGAUAUCAAGGUUGCCCUGAAGAAGAUUUCUACACCCCGACCUCCCCCUGGCCUCAACCUGAUGCUGAGGAGAACGGCCCCGCACCACCUUAACAUCCCGACCCCCGUGAAAAACGAUGAACACCCCCCGGGGAACUGCGACGCCUGGAGGAGGAACAGGAGUGCAGACCCUGUCGAGAUCGGCCAGAGGCCCCACUCGCCCUACCCCGAGAACUAA